GCUCUAUCUUUCUGUCACACAUAGACACACCACAAGUAAUUCCUUCCUCUCUCUCUCACUCUCUCUCUCUCUCUCUCUCUCUCUCUCUCUCUCCAAGACAAGAACAACUCAAGCCAUCACAAGCACACAGAAAGGAGAGAUCGGUAGACACCGAAGAGGAAGAGUACAGGAGGGAAGGGAGGUGGUGAUCAUGGAGGAGACCCUCAAGUCCCUCUCCUUAGACUACCUCAACCUCCUCAUCAAUGGCCAGGCCUUCAGCGACGUCACCUUCAGCGUCGAGGGCCGCCUCGUCCACGCCCACCGCUGCGUCCUCGCGGCCCGCAGCCUCUUCUUCCGCAGGUUCUUCUGUGGCUCUGACCCCUCUUCGCAGAGGAGGCCUGGCGGGGCCGCCGUCAUCCCGGUGAAUUCGGUCACCUACGAGGUGUUCCUGCUGAUCCUGCAGUUCCUGUACAGCGGGCAGACGGCCGUGGUGCCGCAGAAGCACGAGCUCCGCCCCGGCUGCGGCGAGCGAGGCUGCUGGCACACCCACUGCACCGCCGCGGUCGACCUCGCCCUCGACACCCUGGCCGCCGCUCGCUCCUUCGGCGUGAAGCAGCUGGAGCAGAUCACCGAGAAGCAAUUAGGUAGCAUGGUGGAGAAGGCGUCGAUCGAGGACGUGAUGAGGGUCCUGAUGGCGGCGUGGGAGCAGGACAUGCAGCAGCUGUGGACCACCUGCUCGCUCCUCGUCGCCAAGUCGGGCCUCCCGGCGGAGUUGCUCGCGAAGCACCUCCCGUUCGACGUGGUCGCCAGGAUCGAAGAGCUUCGUCUCAGGUCCUCCCUCGCUCGCCGGCCCUCCUUCCUCGCGUGCCACCACUACACCCACCCGAUCGACGUCGCCAUCUCAUCUGCUGACAUCGAGGACCACCACCAGAAGAUCCGCCGCAUGCGUCGCGCGCUCGACUCCUCCGACGUCGAACUGGUCAAGCUGAUGGUCAUGGGGGAGGGGCUGAACCUUGACGACGCGCUCGCGCUCCACUACGCCGUCGAGAACUGCAGCCGCGAGGUCGUCAAGGCUCUACUCGAGCUCGGUGCGGCCGACGUCAAUUGCCUGGCGGGUGCCGCCGGGAAGACGCCGCUCCACAUCGCUGCCGAGAUGGUGUGCCCCGACAUGGUGGCCGUCCUUCUCGACCACCAUGCCGACCCCAACAUUCGCACCACGGACGGCGUCGCCCCGCUCGACAUACUUCGCACCAUGACCUCCAACUUCCUCUUCAAGGGUACGCUGCCGGGGCUGUCGCACGUCGAACCCAACAAACUCCGGCUGUGUCUCGAGCUAGUCCAGUCUGCUGCAUUGGUCAUGUCUCGCGACGACGCUAACUAUGGUGCCGGAACCAACCCAAGCACGGCCAUCUACCCACGGACGAACCCGGAAACAGGUGCUUGCAACGCAACUCCCUCGAGCUCGAGCAUGAUCAACCUCAGCCUGGAUUCAAGAAUGGUGUAUCUGAAUCUUGGCAUGGCAGAGCAAUUCGGAUGCAAGAUGGAUGAUAAUGGUGGGGACGAAAGAAGCCCAUCAUCCUUGUAUCCCUCCCAUGGCUUCCCAUGACUACAGCUAUGUAAGAUCUGAAAGACCACCUACUUCUCUCUGGUUACUAUCGACAACACAUCGGUCACAUCAUUCUCCAAGAGAGAGAGAGUGUGUGUGUGUGUGUCUGUGUGAGUCAGAAUGCACAGAAGCAAUGGAGUUCAGUAAGCGAUGAUACUGUUGUAUCCAUUUGCAAAGGCUCUUGUUGUUUUUGGAGGAAUAGGAAGAAGGGACAUGUGCAGCUGCAUCCUCUUCACCAUUGUUUCUA